AUGGAUAUUACAAGAGGAAGUCUGGAUGGAAUUUCAAGACCAGCAUCUAACUCAAGAAAUAAUCAUGGAAGCAAAACUUCAAGUUCAUCACUAGAGAUUUUAACUCCAGAACCAGACCAGUCUAAGGUUGAUUUUUGCAAUAAUCACAUAGGGGAGAACUCAAAAGAAAAUUAUGAUAAAAAUGGGGAGGAAUAUGAAACUCAACAAAUGAGUUUCUCAGAACAAAUAUCUGAAGAAAAAACUGGUGAUUUUCAACUGGUGGGACAGCAUACAAAUCAGGUGGCAGAAUAUUCUUCAAGUUCAGUAGAUUCUGAAGAUGACUUUGCUGAAAAUAAACUCUCUUGCAGCAGUGCUUCUCAGAAUAAGCCAGUUGAACCACAAAAAGUGACAUCCAGGUCUGCAAACCUGGAUGAUUCUAAGGAGAAAGGUGUAGAUCUUCUCAUCCUGAAAGCAAUAAAGAAGAUGAAAAGGUUGGACCAGAUAUUGGCAAAUAAACAAUCCCAGGAAAGAGCAGUCAAAAAGCAAGGCAGAGAAUUGAGAGCAAAACUAUGGGAAGAAUUUCAGUCUAUGACAUCUCGAAGUUCUUCAAUAAUUACUGAAGAGGAAGAAAACACUAGCAGAUUUUUAGCUUUAAACUCACCAUUAUCUGGAACUCCUGAUCUUUCUGCUUGCGAAGAUAAUGAAACAUUUAACAUAUUUAAAACUCAGCUUCCUCCAGAAAAUUAUGAGACUAACGGAAGACAAACAAAGCAAGGUGAUUCAGCCGAUAGUGUAACAAGAAGUUCAAUGAAGAAAAUGGAAAACACUUGCCCCAAAAAUACAGCAAGCUUUAAAAAAACCCCAAACUUUAUUAAAAAGAAUAUAGAGCUGGCCAAAGAUUCGUCAAGUGAAGUUAUGCUGGAUGAAGAGAGAGAGAGACUAUCUGAAUUACUGAAAGAUACAGAAAAUGAUAGUAAUAAACUUCAAAAUGAGGAAGAAGCAAUUGGAAUAUUUGUACCAGGUGAAGGAUAUACACCCGAACCAAUGGAAUAUUAUCACCUUGCAGAAAUUGAUGCUAAACUCAAAAUAGUAAUAUCUGAUGGAGAUCUGUCUGUAUUUCAGGGCUCCUGUUCAAAAGCCUCCAAUAAGAUUUAUCAGGAAUCCUUGGCUUAUGCAAAUAGAAAGCUGAAAAUUCCAGGUGAAAAGAUCUUAAGAGACACUAAAGAAGAACGUGAUCAACAAAACAGGCUUAAAGAAAUCAACCAACAACUUAAAAACCUAGAAGAAACUCCAGAUGUACCUCUUUGCCUCUCAGAAGAGCAACUUAAUGCCCUUCUGGAAGACUGUAUGCAAAACCUAAGAAGAGGAUGUGAUCUUAAUUUGACCAGAUGUGAAGAAAAUUCUGUUGAGAGGAUAAGCCCUUGUGAUACCUUUGAAGAGAACAUGCCAGACUCUAGGAAUGAAGUGUUACAUGAUAUCCAGCUACCAGCAAACGAAGAAAUGCUUGGAGAUGAAUAUAAAGAUGUAUUUUCAAAGGAAAAUAUAGACUCCUGCUUUAAUCCCAGCAAGACAUUUUUUGAAUUUCCCAUGUCGGAGAAAAAGGGAAAUGAAGAAGACCAAGAGGAGGCACCAGACACUGCUAAUGGCUCUGAAGAUUUCUUCAUGUCAAAGGUUUUCAGUAUAGACAAGAUGAAAAAGCCUCCUUUUCUUGAUGAACCUUUUUAUUGUGUCAGCAUGAACAAUGAACUUUCCACAGAUGCCAGCAUUCCUAGCAUACCACUAAAAACCAGAGGAGGUGAGGCUAUUAAUAAACUUUUAGACCAAGCAUUUGAUUAUGAUUUUAAAAGCCCAGACAAGUCAGGCAGGAUUUCAUUAAACAUAUGCACUAAUGUUUGA